AUGUGGACGCUCAGCCUGCUCCUCUUCUGGGAUGUGAAUGAGUGCUGGGACACCACCACAUGUCCAGCUUAUGCCACCUGCACCAACACUGUGGGGAGUUACUACUGUACUUGUAAACGAGGCUUCCUGUCCAGCAAUGGACUGACGCAGUUCAGAGGCCCAGGAGUGGAAUGCAAAGAUAUAGAUGAAUGUUCUUCAGGUUCCUCAAAAUGUGGUCCUAACUCAGUCUGCAAAAACCUGCCGGGGAGGUACAAGUGCAGCUGCUUGCCUGGCUUCUCUUCUCCCACCGGAGAUACCUGGAGCCCGGGAAAUCCAGGUUAUUUCUCCUGUACAGACAUCGAUGAGUGCCUUGACAGGGGAGUGUGUCCAGAGCAUUCUGAGUGUGUCAACUCUUUUGGAAGCUACAGUUGCCCCUGCCAAGAUGGAUUCAUCUCUAACAACUCUCUCUGUGAAGAGUUGGAUGAAUGUGCCGAUCCCAGAGCUUGCCCAGAGCAUGCGACCUGCCACAACAGUUUUGGAAGCUACUCUUGUGUCUGCAACCCAGGAUUUGAAUCCGGCAGUGGAAACAGGAGUUUCCCUGGCCCAGGGGGGAUGUGUGAAGAUAUUGAUGAGUGCCCGGAUAUGUGCCCUUUCAAUGCAACAUGUACCAAUACCUUUGGGAGCUACUUUUGUACCUGUCACCCUGGCUUUGCACCAAGCAAUGGGCGUCUGAACUUCACAGAGCAAGGGGUGGACUGUAGAGAUAUGGAUGAGUGUGUGCAAGAUCCAUCACCAUGUGGCCCCAAUUCUGUCUGCACCAAUGCCCUGGGCUCCUACAGCUGUGGCUGCAAGGUGGGCUUUCGUCCGAAGCCAGAAGGCUCCUGGAAAUAUGGCAACUUCAGCUGCAAACGAGUUCCCUUCAAGUGUAAAGAAGAUGUGAUCCCCAACAACAAACAGGUCCUGCUCUGCCAAGUGGGAGCAGCAGUGGAGCCGGAAGAUGUUUCGUUUUGUGCACUCAUGAAUGCCACCUUCAGCGUCCUGGAUAAGAACUGUGCAAAUAAGACCACUGCCGUUUCUCUGAAGAGUACGGCUGAGAGCUUUGCCUCUGUGCUUGAGCAAACAUCCACGUGGUCCAACUUCACCAAAGAUGAGACCUCCACGCUGGCCACUGUCUUACUGGAGAGUGUGGAAAGCACCACGUUGGCAGCUUUUCUGAAACCCUCCAUGAAUGACAGUCAGACUAUUCAGACGGAGCACUUGGAUAUUCAGAGCAAAGUUAUCCAGGAAGAGUGUGAGGAAGAGAAUGUGAUCUUCAACUUGAAAGCCAAAGGGGAUGAGAUGAAGAUUGGCUGUACCACAAUUGAGGAAUCUGAAUCCACAGGAACUACUGGGGUGGCUUUGGUUUCCUUUGCGGGAAUGGAGUCUGUGCUCGAUGAGAGCUUCUUCCAAGACCCUCAGACCCCCUUGACCAACUCCAAGAGGAAGUUGAAGAUGAAUUCUCGCAUCAUUGGGGGCGUCAUGACGGGGGAGAAGAAAGAAGGGUUCUCUGAGCCAGUCAUCUACACUCUGGAGAACAUCGAGCCAAAGCAGAAGUUUGAGAGGCCCAUCUGUGUUUCCUGGAGCACAGACACGGGGAGCGGCAGGUGGACACCAUCUGGCUGUGAGGUCCUGGAAGCUUCCGAAACGCAUACUGUCUGCAGCUGCCAUCGACUGGCGAACCUGGCCAUCAUCAUGGCAUCCUGGGAGCUCACGAUGGAUUUCUCCUUGCAUGUCAUUAGCUACGUGGGAAUGAUCAUCUCCCUGGUGUGCCUCCUCUUGGCCAUCGCCACGUUCCUGCUGUGUCGUGCCAUCCGCAACCGCAACACUUACCUCCACCUGCACCUCUGCGUGUGCCUCUUCUUGGCCAAGUUUCUCUUCCUCACUGGCAUAGACAAGACCGACAACCAGACAGGCUGCUCCGUCAUCGCGGGCUUGCUGCACUACCUCUUCCUCGCCUGCUUCUUCUGGAUGCUGGUGGAGGCCGUGAUGCUCUUCCUCAUGGUCAGGAACCUGAAGGUGGUGAACUACUUCAACUCCCGCAAUGUCAAGAUGGGGUAUCUCUGCGCCUUUGGCUACGGGCUCCCGGGGCUGGUGGUGGCCGUCUCUGCCGGUGUGCAGCUGCGGGGCUACGGGAUGCAUAACCGCUGCUGGUUGAAUACCGAGACAGGGUUCAUCUGGAGUUUCCUGGGGCCUGUGUGCGCUAUCAUACUGAUCAAUUCUGUCCUCCUGACUUGGACAUUGUGGAUCCUGAAGCAGAAACUUUCCAGCGUCAAUGCUGAAAUCUCCACACUCAAAGACACCAGGUUGCUGACGUUCAAGGCCUUUGCCCAGCUCUUCAUCUUGGGGUGCUCCUGGGUGUUGGGCAUUUUCCAGGUAGGCCCCAUCGCCAGUGUCAUGGCCUACCUGUUCACCAUCAUCAAUAGCCUGCAGGGAGCCUUCAUCUUCCUCAUUCACUGUCUGCUCAGCCGCCAGGUCCGGGAAGAAUACAGGAGAUGGAUCACCUGGAAGGCCAAACCCAGCUCCCAGUCCCAGACCUCAGGGGUCUUACUGUCAUCCAUCCCCUCCACUUCCAAAACGACUUGA